AUGCACUUGGCCCGAAGGCACGGUUGGCAGCUCAGUGGAACGCCAGCAGGGGCCGUUGCAGAUGGCGGUCGUGGGGGCACCGCAAUCCUGGUCAAAGAGCCUUUAGCCUUAGCGGAUAUCCAUUCCACCACUGAAACUUGGGGACAACUUCAGGUUGCCGAGAUCCUUGGACACAAAGUCCCCAUUACUGUUAUUAGCGGGUAUAGACGGCCCCAGCAGGCGCUUGAUGCCCCCAAUGAAGCGCUUAUGGAAUGUUUUUGUCGGAUUCAGCACAAGCAUUGGGUUUUUGCAUGCGAUUGGAACUUGGACCCUGCCAGUGAUCCUUUAGCAUCUGUGAUGACUUCCUUUUCUGGUCAGCUGGGUAGCUCGUCCGGUCACAAACGCAGUACUCAUCCCACGGACUCUGUUUGGUUCUCUCAGUCUCUCAGUUGUGAGAAGCAAUCGCCCAUGGAUGCUCUCUCCGACCAUUUUGGCUCCUUUGUUGAGUUAGGCCAGAUUCCCUGCUCAGAUCCGUCCCCUCCUGCAUGGAUUUUCAAAGCGGUGGCACGCCUCCAGGACAAUUGUGACCUCCCCUCCGCGGAUGAGGCUGCUCAGGCAUGGCACCAUGUCAGCACACCGUCUGAGGUGUGGGAAGCGUUGGUUCAACAGGAUAUAAAUGAUGCAUGGUCUACCUGGUCUUCUGAUGCGGAAGUUUUUCUGAAAAGAAUCGGUGCAGUCAGCCAUGAAAGCAGUGCUGCGCAAAGAGGGUCCCUGCCCACUAUGGUUAGCGGCCCCUCCCGACAUGGCCCUGGUCAAAGCAUCACGGAGAGGCGCCUCAGGCGUGUGAUCCGCAGAUUGGACGAAGCUCAACGGCACGUUCACAAUGGCACCUCGGUCCCUACCAACUUGCAGAGAACCUGCCAGAGAAAUUGCAACCAAUUUGGAUGCGGAGCUGAUGCGCAAGCCCACAGGUGGGGGGCAUGCCUCAAGCAGCUUACGGAGCAACUCAAAUUUUUCCUCAAGCAGUCCAAUCUGCAUGCACUGCAUGGCUGGCGGCAGAAGGUGCAAACUUAUGACGGAGCCUGUGCUUGGCUCCGAAAGCAAGCCCCGCCCUCUUGGGCCCUCACCAACGGUGACAAGAACACGUCUGGUAGAAGUCAAGGGGCUGCGUUUUUAUUUGAGUCUUGGAAGAAUAUUUUCUGCGGGCCCGAAGGCUACGAGCCCAAGGCUGAACCUUUUAUCCAAGCUUAUGCAGCUUGGAUCCCGAACAAUCCGGAGCUGGCUACUCCUGCGCUCACUGCCCAGGGUCUUAAGGAUACCGUCCGUCAGAUGAGACGGAAGGCUGCCGGCCCGGACCAAUGGUCUGCUGAAGCUUUACUGCUGCUUCCCGACAUGGCUUGGGAGCGAUUGACAAAGCUGCUUUUGCAAGUCGAACAGGUAGGAGAGUGGCCUACCCCGCUGGUGCAGUGGCGGCUGACAUUUCUACCUAAGGUUUCUGCUGACAAAACUGGUGUUACCCAUGUGGCCAAGGUGAGGCCGAUUGCCAUUGGAUCCCUCAUCUACAGGGCCUGGUCCAAGCACAGGUUCGCCCAGAUCAGUCCUGGCCUGGUUGGUUUGCUGCAUCAGAGACAAGUUGGGGGGUUGCCAGGCAUUGGCGCCGAAAUGAUGCUGGCCGCUCUUCAGAACCAAACUGAUGCCGCCACUCACCCUUACGGCAUGAGUUUGGAUUACAAGAAAGCUUUUGAUUCGGUCGACUAUGUGAUCUGUCUUCGUCUCUUCGAAGCACUCGGCAUCCCGGGUCCCAUUCUCAAGGCGCUCGGGGCGGCUUGGGAUCAGCAGACAAGGUGGGUCACAUUUGGCCAAUGUGUCCACCCUCAACCUAUAGUCCAGUGCCCAGCUUUGCUUCAAGGUGAUCCUUUUGCUCCUCUUGGCAUGGCCGUCAUCUUGGCACCUGUGCUUCGCCAACUGCAAGCUCUUCACCCAGACAUCUUCACGGUCACGUACAUUGACGACAGGACUUGUUUGUGCCCGACUGUUGCUGAUCUUGAUCUGGUCAACAACGUCUGGUCUACCAUGGAGUCCUUUUUGCGGCUCCGCACGAAUGAGGAGAAGAGUCAAAUCUGGGCUCGCUCUCCUGAGGCUUUGGCAAAGCUGGAUAACACCCACUAUAGCUCCAAUGCCAGCUUCACCAUGCAGGUCCUUGGGGCUACGCUUGGUCCAGAGGAACGUGCUCUCUCAGACCGUGAAAGGGACACGUUGCUUGAUGUCGCUCGUCGUUCCAGGCGCAUUGCUUGUUUGCCUGUGAGUGCUCGCCUCAAAGGUCGCUUGGCAGCCACCGUGUUGGGGCCCAAAGCAGUGUGGGGCCAUGUGAUCAACGGUCGCUGCCCGACCCAGAAGGAUAUUGCCUGCUUCUUCCGCCACUACAAGGCGGCGACAAGUGACAACCGGUUUGUCAAAGGGCGCUCGUCCAUGGACCUCAAGCGGGCUUUCUUCUUUGGUCACACUUGCGACCUGGCCUUCUAUGGGGCCCUCCGCACCAUCAGUUCGGGUUUUGCCUGGGCACGUCACUGUGCCAGCUUGGGCGAGAACUGUCGCUGGAGCCAGUCUACGGUGUUUUGCCUCAAUAGCAUCCUGCAAGACUUGGGUUGGUGUGCUCAUAGCAAUGCUGUCGGCCAGAGCGGGGAUGUCCCUUGCAUUCAUUUUGGGGCAGUGAAGGCUGAAGUUGACAAAUGCCUCCAUCACAUUCGAGACGCGAUUGGUUGGAGCGGCUCCCAUCAAGUCACUAAGGAUCUCUUGGUGCAGAUGGGCACAAUCCGGGCAGCUGAAGCUGCUCGUCGUUUGGCACCUGCGGGUGCUGGCUGA